AUGAGUUUCGCCGAAGCCCGUUUCACUGGAGUCCGGCUUGUCAGCCCAGUGCCCUCCCGGCCUCCCCUUGGCCCCUCCAUACAGCCCAUUGCCCUCCCGGCCUCCCCUUGGCCCCUCCAUACAGCCCAGUGCCCUCCCGGCCUCCCCUUGGCCCCUCCAUACAGCCCGGUGCCCCAGCGGCCUCCCCUUGGCCCCUCCAUACAGCCCAGUGCCCUCCCGGCCUCCCCUUGGCCCCUCCAUACAGCCCAUUGCCCUCCCGGCCUCCCCUUGGCCCCUCCAUACAGCCCAGUGCCCUCCCGGCCUCCCCUUGGCCCCUCCAUACAGCCCAGUGCCCUCCCGGCCUCUCCUUGGCCCCUCCAUACAGCCCAGUGCCCUCCCGGCCCCCUUGGCCCCUCCAUACAGCCAAGUGCCCUCCCGGUCCCCUUGGCCCCUCCAUACAGCCCAGUGCCCUCCCGGCCUCCCCUUGGCCCCUCCAUACAGCCCAGUGCCCUCCCGGCCCCCUUGGCCCCUCCAUACAGCCCAGUGCCCUCCCGGCCUCCCCUUGGCCCCUCCAUACAGCCCAGUGCCCUCCCGGCCUCCCCUUGGCCCCUCCAUACAGCCCAAUGCCCUCCCGGCCUCCCCUUGGCCCCUCCAUACAGCCCAGUGCCCUCCCGGCCUCUCCUUGGCUCCUCCAUACAGCCCAGUGCCCUCCCGGCCUCCCCUUGGCCCCUCCAUACAGCCCAGUGCCCUCCUGGCCCCUCCAUACAGCCCAGUGCCCUCCCGGCCUCCCCUUGGCCCCUCCAUACAGCCCAGUGCCCUCCCGGCCCCCUUGGCCCCUCCAUACAGCCCAGUGCCCUCCCGGCCUCCCCUUGGCCCCUCCAUACAGCCCAGUGCCCUCCCGGCCUCUCCUUGGCUCCUCCAUACAGCCCAGUGCCCUCCCGGCCUCUCCUUGGCCGCUCCAUACAGCCCAGUGCCCUCCCUGGCCUCCCUUUGGCCCCUCCAUACAGCCCAGUGCCCUCCCGGCCUCCCCUUGGCCCCUCCAUACAGCCCAGUGCCCUCCCGGCCUCUCCUUGGCCCUUCCAUACAGCCCAGUGCCCUCCCGGCCCCCUUGGCCCCUCCAUACAGCCCAGUGCCCUCCCGGCCUCCCCUUGGCCCCUCCAUACAGCCCAGUGCCCUCCCGGCCUCCCCUUGGCCCCUCCAUACAGCCCAGUGCCCUCCCGGCCUCCCCUUGGCCCCUCCAUACAGCCCAGUGCCCUCCCGGCCUCCCCUUGGCCCAUCCAUACAGCCCAGUGCCCUCCCGGCCUCUCCUUGGCCCCUCCAUACAGCCCAGUGCCCUACCGGCCUCUCCUUGGCCCCUCCAUACAGCCCAGUGCCCUCCCGGCCUCCCCUUGGCCCCGCCAUACAGCCCCGUGA